AUGAGGAAGUUCAUUGCCCUCGCUGCCUUUGCUGGGGGCUCCCAUGCCCUUGUUGGCCGCACUGAUAGCUGCUGCUUCCACCUCACCUCUUCCGGCGGUGCCUCCGGCCAACUUGGCCAGCUAGGUGAUGGUCAGAACCGUAUUGGCGACAAUAGUCUGCAGCCCGCACAGUACUGCAUCGAUGCCAACGGCGCCAUCACCGACUCUAAAGGCCGUGGAUGCAUCCUCACCCCUCCCACGACUCAACUUCAGUGUGACGAGGGUGUGUCUCCUACCCCAGGGUUUUCUAUCAACGCUCAGGGUAAACUUCAGUACCAAAACAGCCCAGGCUUUGUUGCAUGUGCCACGGGCCAGAAUGGUGGUCUGAAUAUCUACACUACCCCUAACAAGAUGGAUGUUACUGGCUGCGUAAACGUGGAGGUGUCUGCCGACUCCUGCUCAGGCACUGGCCCCAGCCCCGGUGCCCCUGCUCCCGGUCCUGCCCCCGCCCCCGCCCCUGGCCCUGCUCCUGGUCCCGCGCCUGCUCCUGCUCCUGGUCCUAGCCCUGCUCCUGGUCCUGCCCCCGCCCCCGCACCUGGCCCUGCUCCUGGUCCCGCUCCUGGUCCCGCCCCAGGCCCUGGCGGUGGUGGUCCUGGUCCCAUGCCUGCUCCUGGCCCCGCACCUGCUCCAGGCCCAGCUCCUGCUCCUGCUCCAGGCCCUGGCGGCGGCGGUGGUGGCCCUGCUCCUGCUCCUGGUCCCGCUCCUGCUCCUGCUCCUGGUUCUACUCACACUGCCACGACCACUAUCACUGUCACCGACUGUAGCUGCCCUACUUCUGGCGCUCCUGGUGCCCCUGGGGCUCCUGGCGGCGGUCAAGCUGGUCCUCAGCCCUCAGCCCCUGCUGGUGGUGGAGGGGGUGGUGGAGUGCCGCAGCCUUCUGCCCCUGCUGGUGGCGGUGGAGGUGCUGGAGUGCCACAGCCUUCCGCUCCUGCUGGAGGAGGUGGUGGUGGUGGGCCACAGCUCUCACCUAGCAUUCCUGGCCCAUCUGGCGGCGCUGGCAAGCCUUCUGUUACACAACCCGCCCCCGGCGGUGGCGGUGGCGGUGGUGUGCCCCCUGGUGGCUCUGCUAGCGUGCCUGUUCCCCCUGGCGGUGGUAGUACACAGCCUGGUAUCUCUAUUAGUGUACCUCCUCUCACUGGCGGUGGUGGUACGCGCCCCGGUGGCUCUCCUACCGUACCAGCUCCCACCGGUGGCGGUUCGCAGCCUGGCGUCUCCCCUAGUGUACCUCCUCUCACCGGCGGUGGCGGUACACGCCCUGGUGGCUCUGCUAGCGUGUCUAUCCCCACUGGCAGCCCGCCACCCACUGGCCCUCGUGCCACUGCCUCUACCAGCGCAGCUGUCCCUACUAGCACCUCAGCCACUGGGUCCAAUGGUGCUUGUCCCACUACCCUCUCGGGUACUACCCUCUCAGGUAAUUACGAGAUCCCUCACCUUAUUGUCGCCGUCGACUCGUCCUCGCCUGGCACCGCUGCAGGAAGCGGACUCAACGGCACCGUGAGCUCGACCAUCUCGACCGUGUUCAACUUCGACAUCCCGAAUGCCGAUUCUGGCAAGACCUGCAGCCUCAUUUUCCUCUUCCCCAGGCUUGAGGAUCUCGAGACCUCAUCUUUCAGCUUUAGUGGUGAUGGAAAUAUUGACUUCGCUGAGCUCUCUUCUACAGCCGAUUCCUUAACGUCCUUUAGCAACGUACCCUCCGUGGCUAAGGACCUUGGUACGGUCACCGUCUCCCCUGGCAACUCAUACGUUGUCUCUACCUUCUCUUGCCCGGCUGGCCAGGCUGUCGCAUAUCAGAUGAAGAACGCUGGUAGUACUGACCUCAACUUCUUCGAGGACUGGAAUCCCUCUCCGUAA